CCACACCGCUCCCCGUCUUGUUAACCGCUCCUCGUCUUGUUCCUCCGACUCGUCUCUCCUGCGUUCUGGACUCUUGGUAGUUUCUUGUCCACUAUCCUUGUCUCUCUGUCGUGCGCCUCUCGCUCUUUAGAUUGUCGAAGAUUGCUCUCCAUAGCGCCUUGCUCCAUCAUUGCAUGUCACGCUCUAUGAACCUGCGACGUCGCUUCUAGCGCAGGAUCAUAAUGACAGACGCCAGGCCUCGCAUCCUCUUCGCUUGACCGCUCCCGAAUAACGCGCCGACCACCAUGCCCUCAAGCACACGCUGAAACAUACAAAAAGCGCCUCAAAUCCAGCUCUCUUGUUUCUCCAAGCCCUCACAAGCUUACCUCCCUCGUCGUCUCCCAGACACGUCCGUUCUUUCAGUAACCCUCACCACAACCUAAUUCAUCUCCAAACCCAAGCCAUCAUGCGCUCUUUCAUCACCCUCGCUGUGCUCUACGCCACCCUCGCCGCCGCUGCACCCCUCCCACCGCCGUUGAGCGAUCUGCCGCUCGUUGGCGCCGUAGCGCCUGCCCUUGGAGGUCUUGCCGCCCGCCAGGAUGGCGACCUGCCGAUCCCCCUGCCGAUCCCCAUUCCGGAGCUCCCGCUCCCCCUUCCCAUCCCUGACGCAAGCAACCUCAAACUGCGCCAGCUCGACGAGGUCACCGGCGCCGCCUCUGGUCUCAAGCAGAAGAUCGACCAGACCGCCGCCAGCACCGGCGUGAGCGCGCGCCAGGUCACCGAUCCCUUGGGCGAUCUUCGCGCCUUCGGUGACCUCCAUCUCCGCCAGCUCGGCGGCGCCACCGACGCGCUCGGUAACGUCGCCAACGAUGUUGGCUCGACCCUCGGCGGCGUCGGUUCACUCUUGGGCAGCCUGCUAGCGCCGUUCCCCGCUCCCGCGCCCCCAGCCGCACCCGCACCCGGCCUCGGCAAGCGCCAGGGAGACCCCGGUCUCGGCAGCGUUUCCGGCGAUCUCAACUCGCUCCUCUCGCGCCUCGGUCUCCGCCAGCUCGGCGACGUCACCGACGAGCUCUCCAGCGCCGAGCAGACGGUGGACAAGGCUGCCGCAGGUGUGGACGCAAAGCUCGCCAGGCGGCAAGACGACGAGGGCCUUGAAGAGAUCGUGGAGGACGUGGAUAGCAUGGUCGGCGACCUCGGCAAGCGCCAGGCCCCGACGGACGAGGUCCUCGAAGAGAUCGUGGAGGACGCGGAAGGCCUCCUCAACGAGCGUCAGAACCCGGGCGCCAUCAUUAGCGACAUUGAUAGUCUCAUCGCUGACAUCACCGCCCUCAGCGGCGACAGCAGCCAACUCAAGCGCCAGGACGGGUCUGUCGCUGACAUCAUCGAUAUCGUCAGCGACGCUGUCGCCCAAGCCAACGAUAUCACUGCUCUCCGGUCGCGCGAGAUCCAGCCCAGCGCUGCGGAGGUCGAGAAGCUCGCGCAGGCUCUCUCCAGCGGCACCAAGGGCCUCGACGCGCGCCAGGGUCCCUUGCCCGGUCUCCUUUCCGAACUCGAGGCCGUCCUCGGCGAGAUCCCUGAGGGCACCAGCCUUUAGAGUCGCA